AUGUCGUCCCACAUGUUACCACAAUUCACGGGUGAUGCCAUCUUAUGGUUCGCGCAGCUAGAGGCUCACUUUGAUGCCUACGGAAUUUCUCCGACAAAUCAAUUGAAAUUCCUCUAUUGUAGUUUGUCUACAACACUUGCAACAUCUGCCAGGGAUCUAAUUACAUCCCCGAACCCAGACACCACUUAUGCGCCUAUAAAGGCAGAAAUAUUGCGAAGAACCACGAAGUUUGCCGAGAGCAGAUUUAAUGAACUGAUGGCUGAUGAAGAAUUAGGUGACAGGACUCCUUCAGAGUUCUUACGUCACCUAAGGGUGUUGAGCGGUGAGUCAACUGACGCCCUUCUCCUACGCAAGAUUUUCUUCUCGCGUCUGCCGGCUCACGUGCGCACAAUUUUGGCGACGGCGCUUGACGCCAACACUAUAGAUCAAGUCGCCACCAUGGCAGACAAAAUUCUUGAAUUUUCCGCACAGCCUGCAUACGGCGCCUGUGUCUCUUCGGAGGCUUCAUCAAUAGCCUCACAUAAAUCCUCCACCUUUGAUGUUCUUGCCGACAAAAUAGAUAAACUUACGCGUCGGGUGAAUGAUCUGUGCCGUACCAAGUGUUCUUCUUCAUGCUCUCGUGACAGAUCUCGAAGGAAUUCACCUUCCAAAACACAACCAGGUAUGUGCUAUUAUCAUGCGAAAUUCGCUGAUAAGGCACACAAGUGCAUUCAACCGUGCUCCUAUAAAGCCUCUUAA